CAGCCUCAGGCACGAUGGAGGAUGUGCUUGAUCGGGGUGGGGGGGAGGGGGGUGCCAGAUGCAGGCUGUAAUUGGGAGGGAGUGUGUCAGUACAUCUGCUAUAUGGCCAGGGGCGGACUGACAACCCAUGGUGCCCCCGGGCAAUAGGGGAUCAUGGGGCCCCUGUGUCCUUGCCCAAACUCCAAAAAGUCUAUGAAAAGGUACCAGGGGCAUCUCAUGGGGCCCCCUACUGACCCCGGGCCCCUCGGGCAUUGCCCGAGUUUCCAAAUGGUCAGUCCGCCCCUGUAUAUGGCAGAAGAAGGCGGU